UCCAAUGGCGGCGCCCAUGAGAAGUGGCGAAGGUGUCACGAAGGAAACUAUAUCGCAGCUUAAUCUAGAAGACGUAGAUAGUUUUAGCUUAAUAGUAGAUCAUGUUAUUGGUGAAAAGAAGCUGCAUACAAAUGUGUUCUUGCCAUCGGCAUUUGGCGCAGGAAUGCGUCAGAGAGAAGAAAUAAUGAUAACAAAAGUUUUCGAGAGUUGCUCUUUCAAGGCCACUGCAAGUGGUGUUGUUGGUGUUGGACUUGGCAUGGCUCUAGGUCUAUUCACAGUAGGAAUCGACCCAAUGUCGACCUACACAACAGCUACACCAGACCAGACACCAUCAACUAGAGCAGUACUCAAAGAGAUGAAGGUCCGAUGUGCCUCGUAUGGAAAAAACUUUGGAACCAUUGGCUUCAUGUUUGCAGGCACAGAAUGCUUAUUAGAAAGUUACAGAGGCAAGAGUACGUUAUCCAAUGGGACAAUAUCAGGGGGAAUUGUUGGGGGACUUCUUGGAUUGAGAGCGGGACUUAAGGCAGCCGCAUUUGGUGCAGCAGGGUUUGCUCUGUUCUCAACAGCAGUGGACUACUACUUCAGGCAUGGAUAACAAACAACUCAAAUAAGGACUUAGUAACUGUGAUAUAUAGGACACUGGCUUUGAUUGAUACUGGAACUGUGCUUCAAAUCUGGCUAUAUGUCCACAUGUUAGACAAUCUCUUUGCACUAGAACAGGAAGCCGGCUAGUUGUAGCAGGUAUAUGUGAAAAAGUUAAUACAAUUGAAGAUUGUUAAUGAUAAUCCAGUCUCAUGUGAACCACAGAAUAAAGUUCUUGUGGUAAACAAUGAAGUCCUCACCAGGAAUAUUUUACUAACUGAAUUAUAUAAUGACCUUUUUUCUCUGGAAGUAUGUAUUCCAUUCUAUGAUUGGAAAAACAUAUAACACUCAAACCAUUUAAUUUUUAUAGUGAAGUUUGCUUCAUGUUUUAGCACUAAAGUUAUUUCUGUCAUACAUGUACAUGUAUGCAUAUUAUUGUGGUUUGUAGUUUAAGGAUCUGUUUGUAAUAUACAUAUACUUUGUUUCUUUUGAAAACAAGGUUAUCAGAACAAAUGGAUACUCCCUGGAUAUAUUAUGUAUUGUUGCAGGUAUAUAGUUAAAAAUAUAUAUCAUACAACAUCAUGAAGUAACAGUCUUUGUCAUGAUAAUUCUUCCUUUAUAAUAUUCUUUGUGGAAUGCAUGUUAUAAACUGCCAUGUUAUAAUGGCCAUUCCAGUUAUCAUGUGCAAAGAAAUAAAGCCUGUGGAAACUUUU